AGGCAAAGGCGCCCGCCGUCACUGUCAGUGCACGUACACACACAGUCAGUCGCAGCCAGCAGCCAAGUCGCCCGCCAUGGUCAAGGUAGAGAUCGUCGAGGAAAAGGACAACCAGGAGACCAACUCCCCCUACGCGUCUUCCUCCUCCUCCCGCACGUCCUCCUCCGUCUCCCUCUCUUCCGUCGGCUCCGAACUCGAUGGCGAAGAGUCCUUCUACGAACGCCUCGCCGCCCUCGUGGACAUCGUGCCCCCCACGACCCGCCACAAAAUCUCCUCGCGCCUCUCAAAGACGACCGGCUUCUUCAAGACGACGGUAAGCGCCCUCCUCGUCGGCCUCCCGCUCGCGCUCAGCCUCGAGGACGAGGCAAAGAUCGUCGCCCAGGAGAAGGAGAUGCUCGCCCAGCAACAAGGAGCCCAACACAUGGCAUCCAUGUACGCACCCCCCAUCGCCGGCGAGAACCAGCAAAAGGGCGUCGUGCCGCCCGGCUUCUGAUCGCACGCACACGCACACACAUCGCAUAUGCCCGCGUCGUCACGACUCUGCUUGCUUCCCACUCCCCACUUUGUACUGUAUCAUAACCAUACAUACUAGUCAGCUUUUCUCGCCUCUCUGUCCCCACCUCAUCGCGCUGCGUAAACGCUUUCCCCGCCCUCGGUGUCCCGCCGGCGUGCAGGGUCUCCGCGAAGAUCUAUAUAAAAGUCCGCACCUCCAGCCUCCCAUUCUCAUGGCCACCAUAUCCGGAUUGUUGCGACGUCGUCCGUGUGAGUCUCUAUGCCAUGGUCACCAUUCUGACGGCGCUGCGCCGUCACCGAGCACGCCAAUAAUACGGUGGUGACCGUUGGGUGACCGCGGUCCGGUGAAUUCUGAGCGUGAACGCCGGCGACCUCGGUACUGCUGCAGCUUCGCAACUAUUAAGUUAGUGCAGCUGUCCGUACAUUCCUCGGGCAAUCUGUUGCCCUGGCGUCUUAUCCCUUA